CGCGAUACAACACUAUUGUGCAUUCAUCUUCGGUUAAAUACUUGCAUAUGUGUAAUGUAUCUUAAAUGCAUAUGUGUUAUGUACAUAUAAUUCUUUAACUAGCAGAAUACCACUUUGAGAUAGCAAAUAGCGAUACGGUAUAGAUUGAUGUAUGCAGACGGUAGAGUAUAAGCCCUUGACAAGGAAUAAAGCGUGGAUUCGUGGAGGGUCUUGAGGGUUCUGGGAGGAGACAAGGAAAGGGCUUCUGCGUGUUGGACGGUUGGACGUUUGAUUUCAAAUUUCGUGAGGAACCCUCAAGAUUCGAUAAAAACGGUUAUUUUACAUCGCAUGUGAAUUUAUUCGUGCCGAGAUCUCCGACGGUAUUUACACGCGACUCUUUGAGAACGCGUCGUUGAUCAAUUGUUACGGCGGAAGCUUGAGAAAAUGGCCGACAAUUGGACAUAUAGUAUUGUUUGCCGAUAUUUUAAAAAUGGCAUGUGUCGUGGAGGAAAUAACUGCAGAUAUCGCCAUGUUCAAACUGCUCGUCAUGAUUCAAGCGCGAAUGAAACAGAAAUAUCGUCCACUCCUACGUCCAAUUCUACUUGUCACUUUUUUAAAUAUGGCACAUGCAAGUUUGGCAAUCAAUGCCAUUUUCUCCAUAGUUCUGAAACCAUUGGUAAUGCAUGUACACAGACCAAUUUACGAGAAAGUUCUUCAUUAAGACAACGUACUACCACUACUUCAACUUCAGUGGAGUUAAAAAAUACCAAGGACAACAGUAUUCAUAUAGCUGAAGAAUGGGUCAAAGCUCCUGAAUUUAUACCUUCAACUGUUUCAUCAGUUGCUGGUUCUUCUACAUCCAACAAUGAAAUGUUUAAUACUUCAGGAACAUCAACUGGUACAUCCAAACCACUUUCAUAUGCUCAAGCUGUAAAUCCAACUGGUCAAGCUUCUGAUCCUUCAUUGGAACCUCUUUGUCCAUAUGCUGAAGCUACAGGAAUUUGUAAAAAACCUAACUGCACAUAUUUGCACGGAGAUAUUUGCGAAUUGUGUAGUCAUGCAGCUCUUCAUCCGUAUAAUGAAGAACUUCGGAAAAAGCAUACAAAUGCAUGUGUUAAACAACAUGAAGUUGACAUGGAACUAUCUUUUGCUAUUCAACGUAGCAGAGAAAAAUCUUGCGGUGUCUGUUUUGAAACAAUAAUGGAAAAGUCAUCACGUGAACAAAGGUUUGGUAUUUUGCCAAACUGUAAUCACUGUUUUUGUUUAACCUGCAUUAGAAAAUGGAGGCAAGCUAAACAGUUCGAUAAUAAAAUAAUAAGAGCUUGUCCAGAAUGCCGUGUCACUUCUGAUUUUGUGUGCCCUAGUAUGUAUUGGGUUGAUACAAAAGAAGAAAAAGAAAAAUUAAUCAUGGAUUAUAAAGAUGCAUUAAGUACUAAGGAUUGCAAAUACUUUAACAAAGGUCGUGGGAAAUGUCCAUUUGGUAAUAAAUGCUUUUAUCUACACGCUUUACCAGAUGGUACUAAAACAGACGUUGGUCCACCUGUUCGUCAGCGUCGUAAUGCCGAUUCCGAUACUGAUAUCAUACAACAAUUGAUCUUAUGGGACUUCCUUGAAGGCAGAGAUGAUCACUUGAUGUAUAUAGAUUUCGAAGAUAUUGUACCAUUCUUUUCAGACUCGGAAGAAUCUGAUUGGUCUGAUUACGAAGUAGCAUUGUAGUUGUGCUAAGUGUGCUAGUUGACUGUUGUAGCACUGCUUUGAUACUACUGUUAUCAUUGCCGUUGUUGCCGCUACUAGUACUAUUCAUUUCAUUUGUCGUGUUCUAGUGGUUUCAGCAUCGGAAUGAGUCAAUAGUAUUCAAAUUGUUUGAGUGAUUAUAUUGAAAAAUAUCCCAGCUUCAUUUCACCUUUUGUACGUGUGUUACAAAUAAUGAUAAUCACAUAAGAUCAAUACGUGAUUAUAAGCUUGGUAAUUUGAAUAAGUACUACAAAUAGUUGGUCAUACAAAGUUUUAGAUUUAUAGCAAUAGAACGUACUUAUUAAAUAUCCUAUUACCUGUGGAAUCAUUUCUUUUUCACGUUAUAACUGCAGUUAAUAAUUGAUUAUAAAUAUUCUAAUUGAAUCGUACGUCGGAAUACUUAAUCCUUUCAGCGCUGAAAUUUUUAAUGACACGCACAUAUAGUGCGUUGUCCACUUACUGUGAUAAAACACACUGGACUGAAUACUUUUUUACGUUUUAUGUGUGUGCUCUGUCGGAAUCGUACGCUAUAUUAUUUCACACACUAUUGUAUAUUGCAAAAUAUUCAAUAAAAAUAUUUAUUUAAAGUUCAUCGAUAAUGUGGCCAGAUUACUUCUACAUAAAAAUGACAAUUAGAUAUAUAAAUAAUUACAAAACGCAUACGUGUUUAUAGUAUAUUCUGAUACAUUCAUAUUUGAACGCAUAUACGGGUUCGAAAUAAUAUAAAGUCCAUAGCGCUGAAAGGUUUAAAGUAUUCUAAAUGCGCAUUAAUGUGUUUAAUUUAUAUUAAUAUUGUAUAGAAAUUAUAAACUCUUAUGUGUUUAUUCUGAUAUAGAAACAUAAUUUUUGUUGCAUCAAGAGAGCCAAGAUUAAUGUAACAUUAAAAGUGAUAAUUGCUAGAGUUUGUUUAAUUGAAAUUAUGAUAAACCUCCAAUAUAAAAUAUUUUAGUCCAUCUUGCUCUAAUCCGUACUCAAUGUUGAAUCGUAUUAUUCUCCAUAAAAUAUACAAACUUUGUGGACUUUAUAAUUAUUUUCCUUUUUUUGAUAACGAUCAACUUUUUUUCCCCACGUUAUGGUUUCCAUAAAACCAAUAAAAUUAUAAUAAAUGAGAGCAUUAAAUAUUUUAUAUUUUUCAUAUAAUGUAUAUAUUUUUUACAAUUUCGUUUUAUAAUUUGAUGUUUUGUUAUGCUUGAAAAAAAAAUUGUUAAUGUAAUUUAUUCUGAAUAAACUAUUGUAAUAUAUUUUUAUCCAUGAGAAAUUAUUUGUUAAUAUUAAUAUUUAUAUACAUAUUUAUGGAGAAUAAAACAGUAUACUAUAUCAAAUAUAGAGCAAAUGAAGAUUUGAUAGGUAUACUAGAUUGUCAACUACUCACUUUAAAAGUUGCAGUUAUACAUUGUCGCCUACCUCUUAUAUUAUGGCUCUGCGAAUCUUUAAAAAUUUCUUUAAAUUAUUAAAAUUGUAUAGUGUUAUUCUCUACAAUUGAUACUGAUAGACUAUUCAUAUAAAUGCGUACGCUCAUAUAAAUAUAUAUAUAUGUGAGGAUGUGUGAAUGAAGUGAAACAGAUUAGUGAACGAGAUACAAAAAGACUUUGGCACUAUUUGUGAGUAAUAAAUUAGUGGUUGAACAUGGCUUUCACAAAAAUUAUAAGCUAGUGGACAAACAAUGAAGAACUGUUACAUUUAGCGGGCUUUAAAUUAUAACGAAAUUAAUUGAUUUUAUAGCCCGCAUUCCAAUGAUAUCUAUAUAUAUUACGUUUUUAUAAAAAUAUUAUAUAUAAUAGCGGCACGUCCCUAAUAACGUCUACGUCAUGCAACAAAAAAUUUAUCUAUUAUCCUACACGAAUAAUUGUAGCAAUGCGCAAAAAGCUCCAUUAAAGUUACAUAAAUUAACAAUAAUGGAAAUAUAUUGAUAAUUGCUUUCAGUUUACAAA